UGCAAUCGGCCCCUAGCUGCGGCUUCUCACUGCAUGUUGUCUUAGACUGUCUUAGCGAGCGUCGAAAGUUUUUUUUCGGGAAAGUGGUCCUUCAGGAAUGACAGGAAGCCAUGAAUUCAAGGGAUAUUGCAGACCAAAGUUACUCUAAGCUCAUGCAGCAUCCACCAGACAAGCAAAGCUUGACAGAAGCCUCCACUAAACUAAUACAGCUGGAGGAUUAUUCUUCUCUCCAACCUGAUGCCUCAUCAGCACAUCAAGAUCAAAGUUCUAAGAGCAUCUUGGAAAAACUGUCACUGUCAAGCAAGAAUGGACCACAAAUAUUCUUCAUCAAGCAAGAAGAAACAGAUGAAGAACAAUGUGAAGUGAGCAGAGAUGCAUGUAGUGAGCUUCUACUGGGGAGUAUUUUCAAUACCUUGUCCAACUUCAUCGAAAAAGACUCGGAAGAAACGCCUCCCUGCCAUACUACAAUACUAUCAACAGAUCAAGAUUUUAGCUGCAGUUCCAGUAACAUGCCUCAAAGUUUGGAUGAUAUGGCCCAGGGUUCCAGUCCUCUCACAGAUAUGGAAAACAAGAUAACCACUUACACCCUUGGGAAAAGUAGAUAUGAAUCCAAGGGUGACAAUGUCCUGGAAAGCAUUCAAAGUAAGAAAGGACCCAUGGGAAUUGAUGCAGAAACGGUUACAGAUUUUGAGAAGUCAAUUUCUUGUGAUGAAACAUAUAAUGUGUGUAAUGUGUGUAAGAAAGGUUUUCCCAAUUCAAGGAAACUUGAUGUUCAUAUGCAUACGCAUUCAGGUGAAAAACCUUAUCCUUGUACAUUGUGUGACAAAAAAUUUCCAACAAAAACUCAACUAAAUAGACAUAUACAAACACACUCUGGUGAAAAACCUUAUGUGUGUAGUGUGUGUAAGAAAGGUUUUCCCAAUUCAAGGAAUCUUGAUGUUCAUAUGCAUACGCAUUCAGGUGAAAAAUCUUAUCCUUGUACAUUGUGUGACAAAAAAUUUGCAACACAGUAUCAACUGAUGCGUCACAUGAAAACGCACUCGAAUGAAAAACAAUAUUCAUGUCAAAAGUGUAGUAAACACUUUGCUUCAAAACAUGGCCUUGAGUAUCAUAUGAUGUCACACUCUGGUUUAAAGCCUUACUUAUGUUCAUUCUGUGGCAAGAGAUUUAGAGCAAACAGUCAGCUGAAAAGUCACAUAAUGACUCAUAAAGGUGAAAAGCCUUAUUGUUGUUCUUUGUGCAAUGCAAGAUUUUCUUGCAAACUUUCCUUGGAAGAACACAUGCUUGUUCACACAGGAGAAAAACCAUUUCAGUGUGAAGAGUGUAAGAAAGUGUUUGCCGUUGCUGACAAUUACAAAAGGCAUAUUCGUCUACAUGCCGAAGAAAAGCCCUAUAAGUGCUCCAAGUGUGAUAAACAAUUUGACAUGAAGUCUUCUCUUAUAAAGCAUUUCCAAAGGCACACUGGUCAAAAGGGUUUCUUAUGUCCUGAAUGUGGUAAGAGAUUUUAUACCAAUGACUACCUUACUCAGCACAUGUUUGUGCACUCUGGGGAGAAACCUUAUCCUUGUACAUUGUGUGACAAAAAAUUUCCAACCAAAGCUCGACUAAAUAGACAUUUACAAACACACUCGGGUAAAAAACCUUAUGUGUGUAGUUUGUGUAAGAAAGGUUUUGCCAAUUCAAGGAAUCUCAAUGUUCAUAUGCAUAUGCAUUCAGAUGAAAAACCUUAUCUUUGUACAUUGUGUGACAAAAAAUUUGCAACACAGUAUCAACUGACGCGUCACGUGAAAACGCACUCGGGUGAAAAACCUUAUGUGUGUAAUGUGUGUAAGAAAAGUUUUCCCAAUUCAAGGAAUCUCAAUGUUCAUAUGCAUGUGCAUUCAGGUGAAAAACAUUAUCCUUGUACAUUGUGUGACAAAAAAUUUGCGACACAGUAUCAACUGAUGCGUCACAUGAAAACGCACUCAAAUGAAAAACAAUAUUCAUGUCAAAAGUGUAGUAAACACUUUGCUUCAAAACAUGGCCUUGAGUAUCAUAUGAUGUCACACUCUGGUUUAAAGCCUUACUUAUGUUCAUUCUGUGGCAAGAGAUUUAGAGCAAACAGUCAGCUGAAAAGUCACAUAAUGACUCAUAAAGGUGAAAAGCCCUAUUGUUGUUCUUUGUGCAAUGCAAGAUUUUCUUGCAAACUUUCCUUGGAAGAACACAUGCUUGUUCACACAGGAGAAAAACCGUUUCAGUGUGAAGAAUGUAAGAAAGUGUUUGCCGAUGCAGGUAAUUACAAAAGGCAUAUUCAACUACACUCCAAAGAAAAGCCUUAUAAGUGCUCCAAGUGUGAUAAACAAUUUCCGAUUAAGUCUUAUCUUGUGAGGCAUUUCCAAAGGCACACUGGUCAAAAGGGUUUCUUAUGUCCUGAUUGUGGUAAGAGAUUUUAUACCAAGGACUACCUUACUCAGCACAUGGUUGUGCACUCCGGGGAGAAACCUUAUCCUUGCUCAAAAUGUGAUCAGAGAUUUUCAUUUAAAUCAAGCCUUGCUAAACACCUGCGACGGCACACUAAACACUGAUAGACUGAUCAAUAGUAGAACUUGGUAAUGUGGAAUAUUGAGAGGGGAAUUA